AUGACAGAGGAGUGGAAAGAGAAGAUAAUAAAGGAAAAGCUUGGAGGGAAGAGAGACUGGAGCGAGGAGGAGCGUGCCGCCCUCGCCCGCAGCCUGGACGAGGAGCUGGAGAAGCGCCUGCAGGGGAGUGGCGGCGGCGAUGGGCGACCUAAGGAUGCCUGGACUGAGGAUAACUGGAAGGAGCAAAUGGCCGAGCACCCACUGUUUGCUCCUUACCUGCAAGAAGAAGGUGCUGUGGAAGGGGAGGCACCUAUCAACCCCUUGAGUGAGGGUCUGGCUCAACUCAAAUUUGAUCCAGACCACAGCAGCCCACAAGAAGUGGCACAAAACUACAAGGAUGAGGGCAACCUGCAAUUCAAGUACAAGAAGUAUAGGCUUGCUGUUGCCAAUUUUUCUGAGGGUUUGAAACAGCAGUGUCCAGAUAAGGAACUGAAUGCUCAACUAUACAACAACAGGGCAGCAGCACAGUGCCAUCUAGGUAAUUAUCGCUCUACAAUCAAAGACUGUGAAAAAGCACUUGAAUUGAACCCAGACUACAUGAAAGUCAUUACAAGAGCAGUUGAUGCCGCUGCAAAACUGAAAUCCUGGGAUGAGGUGUUUGCGUGGUGUGACCGUGGCCUCCAGCUGGACCCUGCUCACACCAAACUAAAAGCAUCUAGACUUAAGGCAGUGAAAGAAAAGAAAAUAAUACAGAGAGAUAAUCGCAGGAAAUCACAAGAAAUUUUGAAGAAGAAGAAUGAAGAACAGAGUGUGGUGAAUGUCAUCAAGAAUCGGGGAAUAAAGCUGGGCACUUCUCACCUAAAGGGAUCCUCAAGCAUCACUCUGGAGGAUCUGGAGACCCACCACCCUGCUGCUCAUGGUUCAAGAGUUCACCUCAGCAGUUGCGCAGAGUUAGUGUGGCCUGUAAUGCUGCUUUAUCCUGAAUAUCAAGAGUCUGAUUUCAUCCAAGAAUUUACUGAAAGUGAUUAUUUCAGUGAUCACUUGGAGGUGAUAUUUGGGGAAGGUGUGCCACCAGCCCCAUGGGACACAGAACAAAAAUAUCAGUAUCAAAACUUGAAAAUUUUCUUUGAAGAUAAAGAAAAGGAGAAACUGUGCAGCGUUGACCCCUCCUGGACACUUUCCCAAGCCCUUUCAGAUCCCAGGUACUGUGUGAUGGGUGGGACACCAAGUUUCAUAAUUGUUGUGAAUGGAAGUAAAUUUAUGAAAGAGUUUUUGAGCAAGUAUAAGUAAAUCAUGUGUGAACA